CGCGGGGGCGCGAAGGCGCGAGAACGCGAGUGCGCGUGCGCGAGCGGCUGGGCUUUCUCCUGAGCCGUCGGAGGGAGCCGGAGCGCUCCUCUUGAGUUCGUGAUCGACCAGUUGUGGUCCAGCAUGCACAAGUGAGUGGUGAAAGGCUGCAGAGCUGAUGGGUCGUGAGGAUGUAAGUGCGUUUGAAGGCUCUCACACUCUCUACUCCAGGACAGAAUCAUGAAUAAACUGGAGGACAAGCAGGACCAGAUGAUACCAUGAAGAGAAGUUUACAGGCCCUCUAUUGCCAACUGAUAAGCUUCCUCCUGACCUUGGCACUGACUGAAGCACUGGUAUUUGCCGCACAGGAACCAUCUUCCAGGGACUCUGUUCAAGUCCUCCCCUCAAGCACCACCCCAGGCACCAUGGUAACAGCACCCCUCAGCUCUACUAGACAAUCCUCCAUGGUGGCUGCUCCCACCUCCGUGGUGACACUGACCCCCCAUCCCCAUGGACCCUCCUCACAGACCUCAGCUCCCAAGGCAAUGACAACGCUUCAUCCAGACGGACGCCCUCCUACAAAUACCAUCUCUACCAUCAUGGCAGCAGUAACCACCCCCCAUUCAGAAGGCCCACUGUCCACAGGGCCACUUCCUGCUGCCAUGGCAACCACAUCUUCCCACCUAGAGGGCCACCCCCCAGGUGAGACUCUGCCCACCAUCCAGCUGACAAAGCCAAUGGAAGCCACCAGCCGUCCCCCUACAAACCCCUCCCGGGCUACCACUCGCAGGCCCCCCAGACCCCCAGGCUCUUCCCGAAAAGGAGCUGGCAGUUCACCACGCUUUGUCCCACCUGCACCCAGCGGUCACCCCUGGAGGAAGGAAGGCCAUCGAGGACGAAAUCAGAGCUCCACACAACCGGGGCAGAAGCGGCCCCUGGGGAAAAUCUUUCAGAUUUACAAAGGCAACUUUACAGGGUCUGUGGAGCCUGACCCCUCUACCCUCACACCCAGGAACCCACUCUGGGGUUACUCCUUCUCACCACAGCCCCAAACAGUGGCCGCAACCUUGGCGCCAAGCAGGACCUCGUGGGUACCGCCCACCACCCCCCUGGUACCUAAGGAGGACCAGUCCGGCCUUAGCAGAGCAGAUGAGGGGGGUGGUCCCACCUUCACCAGCCAGGGAGGGGAGCUGGACGCCAAGGCAGCCUCAGGCACCCCUGCCAGUCCACACCCUGCCCCAGUGCCUUCUCCACACCCCCGUGGUGACCCACAGGAUGGCCCCAGCCACAGUGACUCCUGGCUUACUGUCACCCCCGGCACCAGCAGACCUCCCUCUGCCAGCUCUGGGGUCUUCACAGCCACCACGGGGACCAUCCAGGCUGCCUUCAAUGCCAGUGUCUCAGCCCCUUCUGAGGGGCUUCCUCAGGGAACAUCCUUGGCCCCGCAGGCCCCAGCCGGCCCCCCUGGGGCUUCAGAAAGCACUGUUUCCCAAGCUGAGGAGGAGGCUGCGGCCACCCCCACCUCCACCGUGACCAGCAGGAUGCCCAGUCCUCUCUCCACAGUGGUGUCCACAGCCACAGGAAACUUCCUCAACCGUCUGGUCCCCGCCGGGACCUGGAAGCCUGGAACAGCAGGGAACAUCUCCCAUGUGGCCGAAGGGGACAAACCCCAGCACAGAGCCACCAUCUGCCUGAGCAAGAUGGACAUCGCCUGGGUGAUCCUGGCCAUCAGCGUGCCCAUCUCCUCCUGCUCUGUCUUGCUGACUGUGUGCUGUCUGCGGAGGAAGAAGAAGCCAGCCAACCCAGAGAAUAGCCUGAGCUACUGGAACAACGCCAUCACCAUGGACUACUUCAGCAAGCACGCUGUGGAGCUGCCCAGGGAGAUCCAGUCCCUGGAAACCUCUGAGGACCAACUCUCGGAGCCCCGCUCCCCAGCCAAUGGUGACUACAGAGACACUGGGAUGGUCCUCGUUAACCCCUUCUGCCAGGAGACACUGUUUGUGGGAAACGACCAAGUGUCCGAGAUCUAACUGCAGCAGCCCUCGCUUUGCUGGUCCCGACUUUUCGUCUCUAAAUUAUCAAUAUACAAAUAUAUGUUAUAAAUAUAAUCUUUGUGUAACACUGACUUAAUGAAAAACAUUUUCAGCUUUUUUUCCCUUAAGAAUUGUCAACAUCUUUUUUAUAAGUGUGGUUUAAAACAAAAAACAAAAAACUACUUUACAGAACGAUCCGUGGCUUUAUAAAAUAAAGGUAUUUCUAA